CCAACGCAUUUAGAACGGUUAAAUCUAGUAGUAUCUAUUGAAUAUUCAGUGCUUCUAUUUCGUAGUUCACACUUCAUAAUUUAAACUUAAUUGAUAAGUAGUUUGAAGUCCAGUCGUAACAGUGGUAAUGUCGCUACUUGGAAAUGACAUGUUAAUAUAUUUGUUAGUAACAAAUUAACUACAUUUAUGAAAGAAAUAUCUCCAACUGUAUAGUCAAAUCUGUGUGUUUUACAAAAAAAUUAUAUCUUAAUAUUUGAAAUGGCUCGCUACUUGUCAAGGGAUAAAUUGGAAGGGUUUGAAAAGUACAAGUAUAAUUCAAUUGAUACAAGUGUAUUAAGUAAUUAUGUGAUGCACCCCUUUUGGAACUGGUGUGUUCAGUUUUGUCCGGUGUGGGUGGCACCAAACCUUUUAACAUUUUCUGGCUUCCUACUGACAGUCCUUAACUUUUUAUUGUUCUCCUACUAUGAUUAUGGAUUCCAUGCCCUUACAAAGGAAAAUGCCACCAAUGAUCAUAUACCCAGCUGGGUAUGGGCAGUCUCAGCAGUUAAUUUAUUUGUGGCUUAUACACUUGAUGGUAUUGAUGGUAAACAAGCUCGAAGAACAGGUAGCAGUGGUCCAUUGGGCGAACUUUUUGACCAUGGUCUUGAUUCAUAUUCUACAGUUCUGAUACCUACAUGCUUAUACAGCAUAUUUGGAAGAGAUGAGCUGAGUCCAUUAAGAUUUUUCUUUGUAAUAUGGAAUAUAUUUUUGAACUUCUAUCUAACUCAUUGGGAAAAAUACAACACUGGUGUUAUGUUCUUGCCUUGGGGAUAUGACUUUACUAUGAUUAGUUCCUGCAUCCUGUUGUUGGUGACGUCGGUGACGGGUCCCCGUGCAUGGCACGUGUCAUUGCCGGGAGGUAUCACUCCUGGUAUAGUUUUCGAAAUUGUCCUCUACUUCUCUGCGAUGAUUACCAGCCAGACUAUCAUAUUGUGGAAUAUUUACAAAUCAUAUCGCGACGGCACCGGCAAAAUGCGACCGUUCAUGGAGGCGGUGAGACCGCUCAUACCGCUGGUAUUUUUCUUCGGUCUGAGCACUGUAUGGGCAUUGUACUCGCCUACUGAUAUUCUCAAUAGAAGCCCGAGGCUAUUUUACGUCCUCACUGGGACAAUUUUCUCCAACAUAAACUGUCGUCUAAUCGUAUCCCAAAUGAGCGACACGCGCUGCGAAGUGUUCAACGGGCUGCUGGUGCCCUACGCGCUGGUGCUGUGCGCCGUGUUCGGCCUGCGCGUGUCGCCCGCCUCCGAGCUGCUGCUGCUGCUGGCGCUCACUGCCACCGCCUCCCUCGCUCACAUCAACUACGGAACCAAAGUGGUGCAGGAAAUGUGCCAACACUUUAAAAUCUCAUGUUUCCGAAUCAAACCAAAGAUAAAAUAAGGUUAAAAAUAUUUUAUUUACUUGUAAUGGAAUCUGGUCCUAAUUAUUAUUAAAUUAUUAUUACAUUUUUAUAUCAUCUACUAUAUGAUAUUAAGAUGAUUUGUUUUGUUAAAAAAAUUAAGUUAAAUUGGGUAAAUUAUUUAUCAAUAAUAAUGAAAUUUAAAAAAGUGAAAGCUCUGUUCAGUUUAUUAUUUCAAACUAUUUUAUUCAUAGACCAUACGAAUAUUUCCAAUUCAAAAAUAUGCAUUGAUUUAUAGUGUCAGAUUUGGUAUGAGAUCUAUCAGUGUACAACUGGUACACACUUUGUACUGGUAUGUCUUUGAAGCAAUAAAAAAUACUUCCUACUUAUUCGCAAAGUAUAAAUAAUUUUUACCAUACCAUAUAUUAAAAAAUGUAGAUGUUUCAUGUGUGUCGUGGUAGAUUUGAUGUUAUUCUCAAUGUUAUACCUCUGAUAAGAAUCUCUGCAUUUAAAAAUCUAUGUUUAAAUGAAUAGUUAUUUAACCACUAGUCAUAUGUAUAUAUACAACAUAUCAUAGACCUUUUUUUUUAAGAAAAUUUGUAUAUUAAACUUGAAACCAAAUAAAUAAGUGAUUCUGGUGUUUUGUUAUAUUGUAAUUUAUAUUUUUAUUGUUACUUAUAUUAGUAAAAUAUGUGUCAGGGCAAAUGGAGUAUAGUUUAGAGAAACAACUAUCUAUGGCAGCUGAUAUUGUAUAACAAUAUAUAAAUACAACUGUGGGAAAUACUAAAAAAGAUACAGUUAUGUGUAUUUUGAUGCGGGUUUAUAAACUUUAGGACAAUAGUUAAAAAGAAAAUGUAUAGCAAUGUAGUACAUCGAAUUUGUAUCUGCACAGAAUAAUUAAUUAUUCGUAUUACAUUUUUAGUAUUUUUUAUCAUCAACUAUUAUGUUCGAAUAAUCUAAUAUGUAAAUUGGUAAUAUCUUGCCAACUAUAUAUAGCCAAAUUAUAAGUGGUAAGAUUUUUUAAUUUUAAGUUUCUCCUGCUUGACUAUUAACAUUCAGUAUCAGGGUCACACUUAACACUAUUCUUGUUUAGAUAUUAAACUGUUUUUAUUAUAUUUUCUUUAGACUGGAUAAGUUAUAAACUAACAUAGCCAAUCUUUCGAAAUAAUAUUUAUGUCAGAUCUAAAUAGGUUUACGUAAUCUUGUAUAAAAAUGACAGGAAAAUGUUAUUAUUACAAUUUAUAUUAUAUUAUAUUAUGGUUAGGGAGCUGUUUAAUGUCUCUGUCUAUGCAUCUUUGAUGUCCGAUAAAUUAUCAUGUACUACCGAUAAAGACCCUUAUUUUUGAAACAUUACUAUUAACUAAAAAUUGUUAACGCAAGGCUGCCAUGCCGAAAAUCGCAGUCCUAAAAGUCUUGCCAUACGAGACAUUCAAAUCAAUCUAAAUUUUGCUCGCCUGCUCCAUAAUCAUAAGAUUCUAAUGAGCUAAUCUAAUAGUGUGCCGAAUAGAUGUUAAUAGCAAUUUCUUAGUUGAUAUAGUUUUAAUAUUUAAAAAAUUUAAAAACCUAUAUUAAUUCAAGAACUAUAAAAUAAUUUUUCAUUGAUUUGCCACUCAAAAAUGUAAAUAACAUGCUUUAUACAAAACAGCUUAGGGUACUAAAAGUGUUUAUAGAACUGUUCACUUAUAUUAAUUUUUUUAAGUGGAUGCCUAAACAGUUUUUAUUUUUAAUAAUGUUAUCUAGUAAAAAGGUUAAUGUUAAAUAGGAAACUUAAUGUAUAACCUAUUUUCUAAAUUCUUUAUCAUGUGUAACUAAAUAAUUCAGGGCAUUAUAUUAAGUCUUGGAAUAUAAAAGUUUUUGAAAUGAGAGAUAUUAGUGUUUUCUAAAUAAAGUGUAUUAUAUUCUUGAAAAGGAUUUGGGGUUUUUUUGUAUGUUUUAUAAUAUUUUACUGGUGUUUCUUCGAUGCUAUAAUUAGCUUUUAAGGUUAGAAAUGGAAAAAAAAUGUUGCAAUGUAUUUUAAAAAUGUUUUGUUUUGUUUAAUUUGCUGGUUUGGGUUUGAGCGGUGAUAUAUAUAUUUAGAUUGUAAAAUUCAUUUUCAUCUCAAAUUAAUCUACGCAAAGAUUAAUUUUGUAUAAAACUGUAGAAAACUACUUCAUAUAAACCUACAUGUAACCUGUAUAACAUGUUGACGUUAUCGCUUUGAAAUUAAAGCCGGAAAAGACUGUAAUUUAUUUUUAAGAAACAACUUCAAUCUGUUUGUAUUUGUAAUUCAAUUCACACUAUAAAGUAGCAAAUUAAAUGAUUAAAUUAAAAACAGGCCAUUUUAAAUUGUGAAUGCACAAAAAAUGACAGGGAUUUGAAGUUAUUCUGGAACAUACAUAUACGAAAAACACAAAAACGUAGUUUGGUAUAUUAUUUUGAAUGAUUAUAUUUUAUUAAUUACUUUUUAAUAUGUUAAAUAUUACUAUACACAAAUAUGCAGUGGCGGGGUAAGAAUAAAAUUUUAUUUGGGCACGAUCGGGGCUGAUUUGCUCAAUUCCGGAGCCCUAGAACUUAAGUGAACAUUUUUCCCUUGUUAUUAGUAAAAAUGUUGCACAUAAAAUACGAAAUAAAAAAUUUCUCUUUGAUAUUCUUUUCGUACUUUAAAAGAUAUAUGAUAUCAAAAACUGAGGUUAACAUAUCCUAAACAGGUUUUUUAUCCUAAACUUUGGAACGCGCGGAGCCCCUUUAACUGACUGGUGGCCUACGUCGCCCACGGCCCACGCCGCCCAAGGCCCAAGACUUACGCCGCCUCUGCAAAUAGGUGGGGUUUUUUUUAAUGUACGCCUUUGAUCAUAUGCUCAAUAUUGAAUGUACCUGUUUAUUUUUUAAGAUAUCUUCAUAAUACCAAAUGUCAAAAAUUAUGUAAUUCUGUAUUUUAUUUAUGCUUUAAACGUAAAUGGAUUCGUAAAUUAUUUCCUAAUACCUACAGAAUAAACAGUUCCUAACUUGUUUAAUAUCAGUCUCAGUUUGUUAUUAUUGUUCAGCUAAAUAAAAUGAAACAAAAUGAUGUAUUACAAUAAAUAUUUUCAAAUGUAGCUAAAUUUUGUUGUCGAUGAAGUAUACUCAAAUUUAAUCUUACUAGAUGGUACCUGUA